AUGGCUGCCGCGGUGCCGCGACGCAGAAAGUUCAUCGGCCACAGACGCCGCGUCGAGGACGAGGGCGAGGACGAGGGCGGUCUUGGAACGGUGGACCUCGAUGACGACUCCCUGACCGAGGGCUCCGUCGGGAGCGAUGACAACGACCACGCUGAUGAUAGCGACACGAGCAACAUCGACGAGACAUCGCCCACACCGCUCAAUGCCACCAAGGCUGCGGGCCACGGAGCUGUGAAACCAGCUCAACGCCGCCAGGCCGACGAGGCCCCCUCCAGCGCGCCCGAUGCCACCAAACCGGCCCAACCGGUCAUGACGGACACCGACAUCAUGCUCAACGGCCUGUCCAUCUCUGAUGAGACCGCUCCUGCUCAAGAGAUGAACUUUGAUGACGUCCAAAAGUCGCCCACCAAGGACUCGGCUCCCGUCAUUGUGAGCUCCGCCUCUGCUCCGCAACCCCAACCGCGAGCGCCUCUGCACGAGCGACGGCGACGGGAACAGGAGGAGUACAGGCGGAAGAGGGAUGAGGAUCCUGCCUUCGUGCCCAACCGGGGGGCAUUCUUCAUGCACGACCACAGACAUGCCGGCCCCGCGGCAAACGGCUUCCGUCCUUUUGCAAGAGGAGCUCGCGGCGGCCGAGGCCGUGGCGGUUUCGGCGGCGGGCUCUUUGUGCCGGUGCAGCAAUUCCAGACUCCCUCGGAUCCGACAGCCAAUGCACCAUGGACCCAUGAUAUGCACGAGGCCGUCACCGACCAGCCGCCAGCUCGACCGAUCCGCCAUGUCUCAAACCACGAAGGGCCACCAAAUGGAAAUGGCAUUAUCCCGACAUGCCCGCAGAACCCAACCCCCAUCAACCGCACAAUGUCCACCGAGAAACACAUCGCCAAUGUACAGAUCCGGGUGUUCUUCCCCCCGAUGAAGACGCCCGUCGUAUUCUCUGGUGUGGCUGUGAAGCAGUACACAAAGCUGCCCGACCACCGGCCACCUCUGCGGCGCGACAAGCCUGUGCGGAUAUCACUGCCAGACGCACCGCCCCGGUACAUAUUCCCCGCGAUGGAUAGGUCCUUCAUAUUCAUCCCCCGGGCUAUGCGGCCGAACCAGCAAAGGUUGCGUGGCAAGGGCCCGCGGUCUGCCAUGGGCUCCAUGGGAGGGUUCUCUCGCCGCACCAGUGUGUUCGGCGGCAGCUUCUAUGGCAGCACCUACAGCCCGAGCAUCGCCUUGAGCCGACGGUCGUCGCUUGCUCCUGAGAUGGGCCGUGACUACAUCCUCUCGCCAACCGGGUCGGCCAUCUCACGUCCUCCGAUUCCCAUGGACAAUGGUAGGCCUGUCGUCCGUCUACCUCCUCUUGCUCAUCCGAAUCAGGGUGCUCCUGCUCCGGACAUGGCGUCUCCUAUGGGCGUCCAGAGGUCGACUGGAAGCGGAGACUUUUCCAUCUCCGAUUUGCCGCCUCCUCAAACCCACCCUCUGCCCCAGAAGCCUACUUUCCAGGAGAACCGACCGAACUCGAUCCCCAUGCACCAGCCCCGGCCGCAGAAGACCGUCUCCGUCGAGUACAUCGAAUCACCAUCGCAGCCUUACCAGCAAGCGUUCCACCAUCAGUACCCCAUCCCGGCAUCGACUGGUCCCUCGCAGGAAUCCCACGCCCGGAACCUAUCGUAUCCCUCGCAGCAUUCCACUGGCACGCCGCUCUCUCAGAUUCCCGAGCGAGCCAUCCACGCCGCGCCAUUCCAGCCCAACGCUUAUCAACAGCAGGGGUUCUACAAUCAACAGUACCAGAUGAUGCAGCCCCAGCAAGGAUACUACUACCCCCCGACUUAUGGCGGCAAUGUAGCUCCCAACACCGGCGCUCCCGGGUUCCCUGGUGGGCAGCCAGGCCAGACGCCCGGCUAUACCCAGCCCGCUCAGGGAGAUUCUAAUGCCGCCGGGCGGACAAACGGGCAGACUGCUCCAUCGUCCAACUUGGUUGCUCAGGAAGUCAAUGGGAUGGUCUACUACUACGACGCUUCUCAGCUGCCUGCCGUGCCGGGAUUCCAACCCUACCCUGGCGCUCAAAGCUUCGUGCCCGGUGUCGUCAACAUGGGUGGGAUGGUGACGCCCAGCCCGGACGGGUUCUACUAUCCCCAAGCCCCCCCUUCCGGCGUAGUCUAUUAUCCGCAAUAG